AUGGACGACCUACCCGAAGAAGUGACUAAACCUGUUGUGGCUGCAGGGGGCAGCCCUGCGGAGGAUGGCAGAGCUGACCCCCUUUCUGGCUUCCUGGAUUGGUGUGAGAAGGUCGGGUUGGAGCUCAGCCCAAAGGUCUACGUGAGCAAAGAGGGCACGGUGUCAGACUACGGCCUGUUGGCCAGAGAGGACCUCCAGAUCGGAGAAGUCCUCUUCACCAUUCCAAGAGCCGCGCUCCUGUCCCAGCACACCACCUCCAUCCGGUCCCUCUUGGAAAAAGACCAAGCGUCGCUGGAGAGUCAGUCUGGCUGGGUGCCUCUCCUUCUGUCUUUGCUGCAUGAAUACACGGCCAGCAACUCCCACUGGCGUCCCUACUUCUCGCUCUGGCCUGACUUCAGCAGCUUGGAUCACCCCAUGUUCUGGCCUGAAGAAGAGAGGGUGAGGCUCCUACAAGGCACUGGCAUCCUCGAAGCGGUGGACAAAGACCUGGCCAACAUCCAGCUGGAGUACACCUCCAUCAUCCUGCCCUUCAUGGAGUCCCACCUGGACCUCUUUGACCCCAAGCUGCACACGCCGGAGCUGUACCGGAGGCUGGUGGCGUUCGUCAUGGCCUACAGUUUCCAGGAGCCCCUGGAUGAGGAAGACGAGGAUGAGAAGGAGCCCAACCCGCCUGUGAUGGUGCCCAUGGCUGACAUUUUGAAUCACGUGGCCAAUCACAAUGCCAACCUGGAAUAUUCCCUGGAGUGUUUGAAAAUGGUCACCACGCAGCCCAUCAGCAAAGGCCACGAGAUCUUCAAUACCUACGGCCAGAUGGCCAACUGGCAACUCAUGCACAUGUACGGCUUUGCUGAGCCGUACCCCGGCAACACGGACGACACUGCCGACAUCCAGAUGGUGACGGUGCGCAGGGCUGCCCUGCAGGGUGCCAGCACUGAAGCAGAGCGGCAGCUGGUCUCUGAGCAGUGGGAUUUCCUUUGCCAGCUGGAGAUGGUGGGGGAAGAAGGAGCCUUUGUGAUUGGCUGGGAGGAAGUGUUGACAGAGGAAGAGCUGUCCAUGACAUUGAAGGUGCUGUGUAUGGCUGCAGAAGAAUUCAAAGAGUUUAAAGAGCACGAGGGCUGGGAAGAAGACACAGAGGAUGAAGAGAGCUUUACUUUGUCUAACGAGACAAUACCCAGACUCAAAGCCUCAUGGAAGAAGCUUCUCCAUGACAGUGCGCUGCUGACCCUGGAGUCUUACAGCUCAGACCUGAAAGCAGAGCAGGACUUGCUCAAUGACAAGGUGGCUUAUGGCAAACUAAGCCUGAGAGAGCAGCAGGCCUUGCAAGUGCGCUUUGGGCAGAAGAUGAUCUUGCACCAAUUGCUGGAGCUGACAAGCUAGCAGAGGCUGAACUGGGAAUUGCAGCCCUUGUAUAAAGCACACCUUGCGCUCUCUCCCCCACUGGUGGGAUGGAUGGGGUGGCCGCUUGUAUUCAGGAAGAACAGUGGGUGAGAGUUGAUUUGGACCCAGUUACUCCUGAUAUUUCUGUAUUGGCUUUUCAUCUACCUCUUGACUUUUCUAUAAAUUACAUACCCGUCUUACUAGGGAGGGAAAAGUCUGUUCCUUAAAUUUCAGCCUUAAGUGUGACAUGCAGGAGGGUUCCCCGUG